AUGGUGGGAUGUAAUGAAACAGGCCUCAGCAGUACUUUAAGAGAGCAUAUACAGUCAAAAAGCUUUUGAGAAACAGAACAAUGACGUGUUUUUUCCUGAUGCUGUUGAUAGCCAGUUCUAUUGCUGCUGUUCCUCUGGAAAACCUGAGUCAAGAUGACAUCUUGACGAUGACUUCCGAAAAUCUUACAACAGCACCAAGUCCAACAGAGGCAAAGUCUCGGUUUGCCAUGCUAGACGACGUCCGUCUUCUUGCAAAUGGCCUCCUUCAACUGGGCCAAAGCUUACGGGAGUUUGUCCACAAGACCAAGAACCAAAUCAAUGAUAUUUUCCAAAAAUUGAAUAUUUUUGACAAAUCGUUUAACCACCUUUCAGUGGUCACAUCAGAAAUCAAGGAGGAAGAGGAGGAACUGAAGAGGACAACAAGUGUAUUGAAGACAAACAAUGAGGAGAUCAAGAACCUGUCUUUGGAAAUCAAUGCUAAGAUCAAUAACAUUGUGCAGGAGCGUGCACAGCUGCAGAACAAGGUGGGAAGUCUUGAGGAGAGGUUAAUGGGACUGUCAGAGCACAUGAUCCCUGCUGACCAGCACAAAGAAAUUACAACACUCAAGGGGGUGAUUGAAACUCAAGAGAAAGCAAUCACAAAUCUACUGAAAGCUGUGCAGGAGCAGCAUGAGCAGCUAGACUAUCAGAAAAUCAAAAUUAAAAAUAUGGAGGACAAGCUCAACGCUGACACUUUACAAGACACAGCUGAUAAGAUAAUGGAUUUAGAGACAGCACCAGAUGUCUUUGCGUAUCUGACAAGAAAUGUGUCUGAAAAUGAUUUGCCCGUUGACUGCACUGAAUUAUUUGAAAGAAAAGAGAACAGGAGUGGAAUCUACAUCAUAAAGCCACACGAAUCUGAGCCUUUCUAUGCUUACUGUGAAAUGGGUUCUGAUGGAGGUUUAACAGUGAUCCAACGGAGGGUUGAUGGGUCAGUGGAUUUUGACCAGACAUGGGAGAAAUAUGAGAAUGGCUUUGGAGAGCUAGAAAACGACUUUUGGUUGGGUCUAAAGAAGAUCCAUAGCAUUACACAACAAGGAUUGUACAUCUUGAGAAUUGAUAUGGAGGACUGGAAAGAGGAUAAACAUUGGGCUGAGUACCAUUUCUCGCUAGAUGGUCCCUCUGAGAAUUAUGCACUCAAUCUUAGCAACUACUCCGGUGACUUGAUUGAUGCCAUGGCCAAUAGUUCCAGUAAAAGAUUCUCCACCAAAGACCAAAAAAAUGGCAACCCACAAGUCUCUAACUGUGCACGUAAUUACACAGGUGGUUGGUGGUUUGCUGGGUGUGGCGAGAACAACCUUAAUGGAAGGUAUCUAUGGGUUAAAGCUAAGGGACGUGCUGCAAGAAGGAGGGGCCUUCACUGGAAGCCUGGCAACGGGGCAGCUUAUUCCCUUAAAAUGACCAAGUUUUCUGUACGUUCAGUCACAAAUGCUGAAGGUCUCAAAUGAAACUACCAUCCAUGCCAUCUCUGACAAAGUUACAGGCAUUUUUUCCAACAAACACAUAUACGUGUCAUUCUACCAAACUGACAAAUAUGCUUAUCCAUUGACAAUACUUUUGUGUUGCGCUGUAUCAAGUAAAUUAAUAUUUUGGGAGAGGAUGUCCACCAAACAAAACAUGUAAUCUCAAAAUACUGCCAGAGUAAAAUGGUGCAACAAUGCCAUUAAGUUCAUUGACCUAAAAAGUCUGAAGAAGCUGGGCAUUAGAACUAUUGUUACACAAUGUCAGUCACUGCAAAAUGUUGGGGUUGAUGAAGCAUGUACACAGUAUACACGAUAAUGCACUAGAAGACAACACAUGUAAUAUCACAAUAAUUCACUAGAAGACAAAAUCACACUGACUAAUGCAAAAUGAAUUCUAACUGUAGCUUUGCUCAGCUCAUUUUCCAGUUAAUAUGAAUUCACUGGUUUAAUUAAGCAUGUUCCCAUUGGCUUAGGCCAUAAAAGAAAAGAUUAAAAGCAAGACAUGGUGAGAAUUUUCGAUGGUUUUGAAGUGAUGUUAUGUGUUGGGUGUUUUCCCAUUGGUCCUUAUUUUUUACUUAGUAUUUAAAUCAUGCAACUGCUAUUACAGUAUGUUAUCUAGUGAGAUAGACAUUGUUUCUGUAUCUCUUUUGUUAUUGGGUCAUAUUGACUCUUGUCCAUUGUGCACACAUAUUCUGUAAAUGUGUUUCAUAACAUUUAAUUGUUUUGAAAGCUCAUUACAUAUUAAAGAACCACAU